AUGUCCUCCACCAAUCCAAAUAUGAUCAAUUUCAUAACUGGGAAUAAGAACAAGCUUGCUGAAACUAGGGCAAUUCUGGGUGAUGUGGUGCAGCUCUCAAAUCAAAACAUCGAAAUUCUCGAAAUUCAGGGUUCUCUUGAAGAAAUUGCGCGAGACAAGUGUCAAAAAGCAGCUUUAGCAGUCAACGGCCCUGUCUUGACAGAGGAUAGUGCCCUUGAAUUUAGGGCACUCAAAGGGUUACCAGGGCCAUAUAUAAAGUGCUUCUAUUCUGCUCUAGGAAAUGAUGGUUUGCACAAACUACUCGCAGCUUAUGACGACAAAGUAGCCACGGCUGUGUGUACAUUCGCCUUCUCCGCCGGUCCAGGAUCCGAGCCUCUCCUUUUUCAGGGACGCACUCAAGGCAAGAUCGUUCCCAAAAGGGGAGAAGGUGGGUUUGGCUUUGACCCCAUAUUUGAAGUUGAUGGCCAGACCUAUGCAGAAAUGAGUAUUACACACAAGAACAUGGUUUCUGAGAGGUCUAAAGCUCUGGAGAAAUUGCAGAACUGGCUAAGAAAUACAGUAUGA